CCCGCUUCCAGACCCACCCAAAGGGGCCGGUCCCACAGGCGACUCUUGGGUCCCAAAAAGCAGAGCUGGGCUCCGCCCCUCCGCCCAGAAGGCGGUGCUUGGGAAUUGGCCCCUUGCCCGCCCACCUCGCCCUUGUUGGGCGCUUCCUCUGCAAAUGGAAUGCAACUUGGGGACCUGAGUGUGACUAGUGCCACCUCGCUGAGGAGCAGCAGCCCAUCAUUGGGGCAAUUACCUGGACCUAGGGACUAAGAGAGCAGUGCCAGGGAGACUGAGCAGAGGAGGACAGCAGCUGGCCUGGGGCAGGAGGCGCUCCGGGCUUCGGGGGCGGGCCCGGAGCCAGAGGAGAUGCCCCUGCACGUGAAGUGGCCCUUCCCCCCGGUGCCCCGGUUCACCUGGACGCUAGCCAGCAGCGUCGUCAUGGGGCUGGUCGGCACCUACAGCUGCUUCUGGACCAAGUACAUGAACCACCUCACCGUCCACAACAAGGAAGUGCUGUACGAGCUCAUUGAGAAGCGAGGCCCUGCCACCCCCCUCAUCACGGUCUCCAACCACCAGUCCUGCAUGGAUGACCCUCAUCUCUGGGGGAUCCUGAAACUCCGACACAUCUGGAACCUGAAGCUGAUGCGUUGGACCCCAGCAGCGGCAGACAUCUGCUUCACCAAGGAGCUGCACUCCCGCUUCUUCAGCCUGGGCAAGUGUGUGCCUGUGUGUCGAGGAGAUGGUGUCUACCAGAAAGGGAUGGACUUCAUUUUGGAGAAGCUUAACCAUGGGGACUGGGUACACAUCUUUCCAGAAGGGAAAGUAAACAUGAGUUCCGAAUUCCUGCGCUUCAAGUGGGUAGGAAUUGGAAGGCUGAUUGCUGAGUGUCAUCUCAACCCCAUUAUCCUGCCACUGUGGCACGUUGAAAAUCACCGUGCUGAUUGGGAAGCCCUUCAGUGCACUCCCUGUGCUUGAGCGGCUCCGGGCGGAGAACAAGUCGGCUGUGAGUUUCCUCCCAGGGUCCCCUAGCUAUCCUUGGCCUUCCCAGCCCCUGAGACCCCCAGGGCACCUCAGCCAUGGUCCUUGAGGAAAGCAGGCCAGUACCAUCCUUGCUCUCAGGUGGAGAUGCGGAAAGCCCUCACAGACUUCAUUCAAGAGGAAUUCCAGCAGCUGAAGAUGCAGGCAGAACAGCUCCACAACCACUUCCAGCCUGGAAGAUAGGCUUUGACUGCCCAGGCUGUGCCAUGCAGUCCUUAGCCAAGGGAGCACAGGGCCCUGCCGGGUUUGGGAAGUGGUGAUGCAGAACCCUGCGCAGAUCUGCUUGGCUCUGUACUGCCUUUGAGAUUCUUCCCUGAACAAAACUGAGGCUGGGAGAUAGACUGAUGCUUUUAACUGAGAUGCAUUGAUUGGCUCAUAAUCCCUGCUAGAUACCCUCUCUUAUCCUCAAGCAUCUGACUCCUCUGGGUCUCGUGGGCUAAAUGAAGAGCCUUGGCCGUCUGUCCCUCACAGUUGGCUGAGAAGGGAGGAACACUUAGGCAGGGGCCUCCUUCUACCUCUCUCAGGGGCUAGCAUUGGGAAGGAGCAAAGCAGGCAGUUGAGCAACUACCUGGGUAGGAGAGUACAUGUCCUGGCCAUAGGUGCAGAAAGAAAACCCAAAUGGCCCCCGGACGGGCUACCACUUGCCUACCUUUGCCCAGGAGCUGCUCAUAACCUCCUCAGGGAUGGCUGCCAGCCAGCUCAUUCUUCUACCUGAGCUUCUCCCACCACAAGUUUUGUCCUUGGAUGGCCUGUAGGCAAGAAGAGGUAUUGGCCAGGAUUCAAGCACAGCUAAGCGGAACUAAAAAGAGCCCUCAAGUCUUGACCAUGAAUCUCU